ACAUCUUUUGGUUUAUACCCCAUUUAUAUUUCUGCUUUGGUUCUCAUUCUCAUUUGUACUAAUUUCUUUAUUGGAUUGUUGGUCCUUUUUGUUAGGUACCUGGCUAAUACAGUUGAAGAAGAUGAAGAAGAAUCCAAAUACGAAAUUUUCCCAUGGGCUUUAGGGAAAAAUUGGAGAAAAUUAUUCCCUAAUUUCUUAAAGUUAAGGGACCAGCUCUGGGAUAGAAUUGACUAUAGGGCUAUUGUAAGCAGGCGAUGCUGUGAGGAGGUCAUGGCCAUUGCACCAACACAUUAUAUUUGGCAACGAGAACGUUCUGUACAUCACAGUGGAGCUGUUAGAAACUACAACAGAGAGCAAGUUCAGCUACCCCGGGGACCUAGUGCCACUCCAGUAGAUUGCUCACUCUGUGGUAAAAAAGGAAGAUUCGUUCGACUUGGAUUAUCUUCAUCAUCAUCUUCAUGCAGUGACACGGGAGGGCUGAUGGAAAGACAGUCUCGGGAAUCCCACAACCCAUUAUCCAUGGACACAAUAGGUGAUCCUUCUCACUCUUCUAGUUAUUCUCAAGGUAUGAUUUAGUAAUAAGACAGAAUUAGAUUUAUAUGUUAUUUAUUCAGCUGUAGUCUAUACUUGCAAACAAGGAUACAUCAUAAUUUGUACACUAAGCAAGGAGUUAAAUUAUGGAGUUUUCCCCUUUAGGUUACCACUUUUUGUCUUGUUUCUGCAUCUGCUUUGUGAUAUCCUACAUAAAAUGAUUUUUAUUAUGACAUGUUAAAGUGAGACCUAGUGCACCAAUA